AUUGAUGAGAAAUGUCACCAAACUAGAAAGGUCAUUAAACGUUUGCCAUAUGAUAUGGACAUUUCUUCGCUGAGGAUAUAUAUAGCGAGUUAAUUGUUGAUUAAUACAUCAAUGCAUGGAUCUACCCUUUUAUUGCUUGGAUAUGAUUAACAUGUACUUUGCUGGUGUUGAUCGACUGUUUUUACAAGUGUGAAUGUGUCGUACAAAGCACAGCGUGAAAGUAAAAUCCCGAGAAACGCGGGUGAUUCGGAAUGACCUGAAUAGCUGAACACCUAAAUCGACUAUAAUAUGGUGUCAAUGCGUAAAAGUAGUGUUUCUUUGUCAUACUAAAAGAUUACUCUCAAUACAAUCUCAUGAAUACAUACAUGUACGUAAUCAUUUAAUGAAACUUUACAGCUCCUCAUGAGAAUUUUAGUUGCUAUUUUUAGAUGCUCGGGGAUUUCCCGUACAAAACGAUAGUAGAUGUAUUAGGGCUCAAGAUCGGUGAUGAAGUUGUAGCGCCUUUAGCACAUGCUGUGAACAACUUUCUCCUUUUGUGGCCAAAAUGGUGAUUUGUGGGGACAGACAUAGAGAUAAAUGUGGUUGAACUUGAACAUUAGUAAUCAAUAUGGGAAAUACGAACAGCCAAAAGGAAGUACAAAACACCACAGAAGGAUCAUCUGUUGACCCUUUACCCCAACCGAAGCCAGUUUCUAAUGGGGACGUAUCACGUGACAAGCGAACGGUUGAAAACGACACCAAUGAUGAAGACAUUAGAAAAGAUGCAGUGGAAUCAUACAUAGACGAGACAGACGGAAGGGAUGGAAACGAUGACUUUACCUCACUUUCAAACCAAGCUUCGACUUCUCCGACACUUGAUGAUCUGUUGGAUGAAGACAAAAGAGAAAACGUCCAUGAUGUGCUAAAUGACAAAAAAGAAGGUGGGCAAGAAUCUGAAAUCUUGUUGAACAGUAAAAAUAUUCAAGACGAUUUUGAGAAUUCUGCUUCCGAAAAAUCACAGGAUAGUUACAACGUGGAAGAGACUUGUCCGAUUGUUGAUGACCUUGAUCUCAUUAGUGAGGAAAGUGACAAUGCGUCUAGUGAGGAUAUCGAGGAGUUGGAGAUUGAUGAUAAAGACCAGCAGAAAGAGAUAAAGGCAGAAAUCCAAAUGCAGGUGAAGAGAUUCUUUGAAUCUAUUGAGAAAGUGGAGAAUGACCAUCAAGAGAUUCUAAGCUUAAUUAACAAACGUAGCAUGUCUCAGAAAGAACUGAAUGAAGAUGGAUUGAACAUUAUUGCAGAACUUGAAAGCAUCGUUGAGAAGUUCACACAGAGACGGAAAGAAAAAGACGAAGCCAUCCAACACCUCAAAGCGAUUCUGUCCACACUCACAGGGAAACUGAGUGUGAUUGAACAGGAAAUUCAGAAUCUGCAGUCUAGAGAAGAAGUUGUUGAUCUCACUAGAAAAUGCAAUGGAAACGGGCAAUCAGAUGAGACAACGACUGUAAGAAACGGACAAUUAGAUGAGGCAACGACUGUAAGAAACGGCCAAUCAGAUGAGGCAACGACUGUAAGAAACGACCAAUCAGAUGAGGCAACGACUUUAAGAAAUGGCCAAUCAGAUGAGGCAACGACUGUAAGAAACGACCAAUCAGAUGAGGCAACGACUGUAAGAAAUGGCCAAUCAGAUGAGGCAACGACUGUAAGAAACAACAUCACUACUCCAUGGCCAGUACAAACAGCAGAGAAGAAUGUGUCGCAGGAGUCACCACAAGUUGAAACCCGAAAAGAUGGAACUGUUGUCAUAGUUAAGGAACAAAUCAAUAAAGAUGUGGAUAGAAAAGACACAAGUUCUCAUCAAAGCUCAACAGGUCGAACAAUGAAAGAGAAUGCCAUGGAAGAUAGAAGAACACCCCACUUCGACGGAACACAUAAUGCGGAGAGCAGCGAUAAAAGUUACGAAAAUAUUCCAUCUACAGAUUCAAAUACACGGCCAUCAUUACCAGUUCAAUCUCAAGAACUUGAACAAGAGAGACAUACUAACAAUGGAGCUUCGGAGAUCAACAACCGAAGUAACCCUGACAACAACAAGAAUCGUGCAGAUAUGUCCAACUUUCUGGAAACUCAAAAUGUCUUCGCCAGUAAAAGUAAAAAGACCCUUCCACAGACUUACUGGGUGGACAAAGCCAACGAUAUAUUGAUGAAACGUAUCAUUAAUACGGGACAAAGUGAUAUGAUAUGUGGACCAAAUACAGUUCUUUGCCUGGAUACAUCUGGCAGCAUGUGGGGAAACGCAUUUCAGACAAUGAUCAACCUUUCUUUGAAAUUCUUAUCUGGAGUCAAAGAUAACAGUGGAAUUGCGGAAAAGGUUGGUUUGGUUUGUUUUGGAGCAGACACAAGAGUGAUCAGCCAUUGCUGUUUGGAUUUUCCACCACUGAAACGAGAGAUCAAAAAACUUAGUCCAGGUGGUCCGAGCCCCUUGACUGCUGGACUGAUGCUUGCCUUAGCACUGGUCAAAGGCGGAGUGACAAUUCCUCAUGUCAAUGGAACUGGUUUCUUGCCCCGAAUCAUCGUGUUCACUGAUGGCGUGGUGACCCCAGAACUGGUAACAGACUGUGAGGACUACGUUCCCCAGGGAAGAGAUGCGUUAGAGAUUCUUUCGAGUAUAUCUAUGGUGGCCAAUCACUUCCAAAGAAAUGGGAACAGGGUAUAUUUCGUUCCUUUGGGACAGGCCAAUCAGGCUAUGAUAAGUCCGUUGGCUGAAGCUACAUGUGGUAAAAUCAUCCAACCAGCCAACUUUGACAAACUGAUAUACCAAUAUAAAGUUGAGUUUCUUGCUGCAAAUCUGCGUGAACAUUUCCCAAACUAUCAAGAAGCCGAUCUCCACAUGGUGAGGAUGGCUUCAGAGUCUUCAGGAGCCUCACUCAGGGGGAUAGACAUGGAUGAUCUCGUGGAAUAUGUGAGGAAUCCACCUCCAAUGAUACGUCAAGAUGAAGAUGACGAUGAUGAUGAUGAUGAUAAUGAUGGGAAGGGUGCAUAUGAGGGGUCGUCUAACAUGCCACCGAUAGGUACCAGGGUCAGAAGAGGGCCUGAUUGGGAAUCAAAGUUCAACGGACAGGACGGAAAUGGUCCGGGCACGGUAACAAGUCAUGGUCAAGGAGGACAUAUUUGGGUUAUGUGGGAUAACGGACACAGAAACGUUUACCCCUAUGGAAGUGGUAAUAGGUUCGCUGUGAUGGUGGUAGACGAACCCAGACUUUUACAACAGGAUCAGCUUAUUGAAGUGGGUUGCCUCGUUCGAAGAGGUGACAAUUGGCGAGACAAUGAUGAGGAUGGGGGUGCAGGAAAUAUUGGUGUAGUGUUCCGAGUUCAUUCAGAUGCUACAGUUGGUGUUAGAUGGCCGAAUGGACAUAAACGGAGAUACAAAUAUGGCAAACAAGGUUUUUUUGAAGUUGAAAUUUGUGACCCUUUUGAUGAAGAUGUUAGACUUCGAAUGUUGAGUAUGUCUUUCCGGUACCAAGACAGCACUGAUGACAGAAGCAAUAACCGCCCUAGAGUUGAGGACUUCAUAAACACAGACGAGAAAAGAAACAAUAGAAGGACGACCUUGGAAGAAAUGAAUAAAAGAAACAACAUGUGUUCCAACAGGAUAGAGGAUCAGUUAGAAACGGAUUCAAACCCAAUUUCCGAGUCAACGAGAGAGAAAACUGUUGAAGUAAACGACAAAAAUCAAUCAUUUGGAAAUUCUAGAGAUGCAAGCGAAGUAGAGCCAAAGUCCGAUUUGGUUGAAAGGACCAAGGAUUCAAUUAUCAGCGGAGUACCUGUGACUGAGCGAGAAUCAGACUCUGAAGAAAAACAAGUGGAAUUUGUAUCUGCGUUAGCAAACGAUUCUAUCAAAGAAUCAGAACAAGAUAAAAACAAUGUCAGUACUAUUACAAUUAGAAAUCAAUCAUUGAUCGUCAAUGAGCCGAACUGCGUCGGUAAAGCUGAUGAAAAUGAGGAGACGAUUGUCCCAAUAAAACUCCCAGAGAAAUCCGAAUUUUCUCGAACUUCGUCUUCAGAAAUGUCUUCCAAUCUGGAUAAUGGAUGUAAUGUUAUUCCUUUGGACCAGGCUUCCGGUAUGUCUAGUAGUACCGACGAUAUCACCAUCAGGGACGACGUCAAUGUUCACAGCGACAAGGAUACAGCCAAAGAUGAAAAUGAAACCGUGAUAUGGCAGGUCUACGACAGAUACGAAGGCUGGAGGGACUUUCCACCGGAAGUUAACAGGAGGUUAGAAAUGGCUCACCAAAAGAACCCCCAGGGAAUGUUUUCUUACUUAAAGAACCAAAAAAGAUUCCAGGUUCAGUUAUCCAAAAUGAUACAUAUCCAUCCGGUCACCAAAGAAAUGUCUGGAGUGAGGAGAAAGGUCACUGGAGUGUAGCGUUACCAUGGUUACCAACACCAAGUGCAUGUAGUUUGAAAUACUUUCAUUGAUUUGUAACUUAAGUCAACUUGCAUGUAAUUUGUAUUCGUAUAUUGAUAAACAAAAUUGAAAAUAUGCAAGAUUAGUGUAGGAGACUGUGUGCAAGAGAUAACCUUGUUAGUUGAAUUGUCUUCUACUCUUUCGUGAAUACGAUCAGUUACAAUAAGUCUAUUUGUUAUUAACUACGCGUAAAGAAGUGAAAAUUCUGUCGUAUUCAUAAACAUGCAUCGCUGGAUUCAGAGAAUACCGAUCCAUAUUCUUCUAAAGCAUGGAUAUAUAGAAUGCUUUCAGUCAACAAUGUGUUCAUACUCUCUCACACAGAGAGAUAUACAUGUACUUGCAUAAUUGUGAACAACCUUUUUCUGUGUGAUUUGUGUGGGUAGCAUAAUUAUUGAUUUUAUGCUUUAUAAUGACGUUUUUUCAUUCAUUAUCAACACUCUUGAUACUGUAUACAGGUGUAUGUACUUGUGUCUGGGAAAAAAAUAUGUCAUUGUUACUUUUCAGAGUAUUAUUACCUGUCUCAUGCAUUACUUUAAAGCAAUUUUCUUCUACAGUGUAAAUAUUUUUCAUGCAAGGCGAAGAUAACGAAUAGUGAUCAAUCUCAUAACUCCUAUAAGCAAUACAAAACAGAUAGUUGGGCAAAAACUGACCCCUGGACACACUAGAGGUGGGACGAGGUGCCUAGAAGGUGUAAGCAUCCCCUGUUGACCGGUCACACCCGCUGUGAGCCUUAUAUUUUGAUCAGGUAAACGGGGUUAUCCGCAGUUAAAAUCAGUGUGCCAAGAACGGCUUAACAAUCGGUAUGAAACACAUCAGGCAGCAUUUGACCCAAUGAUAGGUUGUAUUGACAAACUAGAUCGUUAUAACGAGCAUACAAUUGGCGAAAUGCUGACUUCAAUCGAGACUGUUGAAACCCCUGUACCAUCAACUUGUUUGUCAGUAGUUUACCUCGAUUUGAAAACUGACUAUACACAGAACAAGCUCUUGCAUAUCGAAUCAGUUGAGAUAUAUAAACACCAUAUGCAGGUGAUAAUGGAAUAUUGCUACUUAAAUAUGGGAAGUUGACGAUGGAGAACCUGAAAUAAUCUCGUUUGUCAUACAGUUCAGUUGUCAGUUUGCCGUUAAUGUCUACUUUCAAUAAAAUAUCUAAGUAUGAAGCAGAAGUGGACGACUCUGUGGUGUCCUUUAUUUCGAGCUCACAGGGAUAUAUCAAAUCGACAUAUGAAUGAAAGCUAUUAUUGUUGAUAGACAAAACGUCAUCGAUAUAUCUAAAUGUCGAAUUGAAGGCCGCAGCAAGAGAUUUUUUCUUCUCACGUAGAAGUUUUUGAAUAAACUCUGCUUCAUAUAAAUAUAGAAACAGGUUAACUAACAAAGGAGCACAAUUCCUGCCCAUGGGAAUUCCAACAGACUGUUGAAAGACCUGAUCACCAAACACCACGAAGAUAUUGUCAAUGAGGAACUCUAGCAUAUUUUUUAUUUCAACUUCAGAGUACUUGUGCGUGGAGUCAGAGUGGUGUUUAACAAAGUAAGUUUUUGAAUGACUGAUCACUAGAUAUGAAUAUUUCCGUUUUCCGUUUUUGUUGAAGAAGCAACUGUCUAUGAUAUCAAAAAUAUCUUUGAUUUAUCGUGAGGAAUGGUAGUGUAUAGUGUUGAAAAGUCAUAGGUUUUAAUGUUAUUGAUUUGGGGAAAAUUCUGCGAUUUCAAGUUUACUAAAAGUUCUUUAGAAUUUUUGAAAAUCCACAUUUGAUUAACACCACUUCCGGCAUAUGUAGUCGCACAGUAGGUUUGAAGUUUUUCCUUCACAGCUGUUAAUAUUUUCGUGAGGAGCAAAGAUAGGGGCUUGGUAGAGCACUUACUGGAUCCAGCAAUGUAUCUUUGUUUGUAAGGGUUUUUAUGUAGUUUAGGAAUCCAGUAUAGGUACGGUAACUCAUAUUCAUUCGCCCCAUUGACUGGGAUAUCAAAUGUGUCUAAAACUGAAGCAUGGUUUUGAAGAAUUUCAUCUUUUGAAAGGGCAGUUGGAGUAUAAGUAUGAUUACCAAAAGUGGAAUUAAUACCAAGUUCGUUUAAAAUACAGUUGUAAUAAUGAGCAUUACAAACAAAGACAAUGUUGUUACAAGGUUUGUCAGCUGGAACCAAAACAUAUUCCUCAUGUAACCUAUCCAAUUCUUUUAUCACUUCUGGUUUACUAAACACAGAAGGAUAGAUGGUACGUACUCUUGUUUUCAUAUGUCUAAUGCGGGAUUUUAAUAUCUAUAUAUAUAUAAUUUUCAUAUAAUUUGAUUAACGUGUCAUUUGUUGUGAACAGUCGUCAAAUAGAAUUAUAUUUUUAAACCAGUGGUUUUUGUUUUAGAUAUCAUUUAUAUACAGCACUAUCUCUCGAUCACGGUAGAAUGCGGUUAGAUAGUCCUCACGUGCUUCUUAUCAUGAUGCAAGUUUCGAGAAGCAAGUUGACAAAAGUGUCAUUUUAGGGCCGCUUACCUCCGUUCAGACCCCCAAUUAUUGUUUCUCUAAAACUGUUCUUGUCCACAAAUCAAUCACAAAAGUUAGUAAUGCAAAAAACAGGACGGAAGGCGGUGUUCGUGAUCUAUUUAUAUUUUUUUUUUUUUUUAAAAAACAAUCAUUGAAUUUUCCUCAGUUUUAUUUAUGUUCAGAUAUUAAUAUUGGGUCUGUAUCCUAUAAUAUACGAUAAAUUCAAUAUACCAUAUAUAAUCGGGUUACUUUUAGGAGAAUUAUGGAAAUAAGAGAUAAGCGUAAAAAUGUCAGAAUGAGUCAAUCAAGCUGUGCAUCGAGUAUCUGUCUUUACAAAUAUUUAUAUACAUAGUAUUAUAAUGCCACAUUUAAAAAUCCAUGGUUUGGAUUCAUUCAUAGAAUUUUAAACAUACAUGUAUGUGGACUCUCUAAUAUAUGAUAUUAAUAGUGUUUUGAGACCUCACCAAAAUGUAACUUAUAUACAUGCAUGUAAAUAUGUCAAUAAAGGUUUUAAAUUACAA